CGGCUUUCUGACAGCGGACCGUCCGUAGUUUCUUGGGUACCACAACUUUGGUGGAUGCAAGUAUUCCCAGUCUUGUCUUAAAUGGUGUGAGCUUUGCAGAGAUGGACGGCGACAGAAUGGAGGUGGGAAACCAGAAACAAGACAUCAAUGUGGAGGUCCAUGUUAAAUCUCACAGCACAGCUAAACGGUCCGAGGUGAGGAUUCAUGUUCUGGCUCUUCUGAAUCGCCACAGCAUGGUGUUUGGAAACUACAGAUGGACAGAGUUUGAUGAGGACUACCUGCAGAAACAUGUGGAGUCUGUGGCUAUAGUUGAUGUUGAGGAACUGGUCACACAGCCUCUGGAUUUGAAGAGCUGCUCUGUCUCCGUUCACAUCUUCACUCUGAAUGAGGAUGGACCCAGCACGCUCAGUUUGGAGGAGGAUGAGGAGCUUUCAGCAGCCAAUCACUGGUUGCUGCCAGCAGCUGAAUUCCAUGGGAUAUGGGAGAGUCUGGUAUAUGAGAGCGGAGUAAAAACCCAGCUCCUGGAUUAUGUCACAACAACAAUUUACUUCUCGGAUAAAAAUGUCAACAGCAACCUGAUUUCGUGGAACCGUGUAGUGCUCCUUCACGGCCCCCCAGGCACAGGGAAAACAUCACUCUGCAAAGCUCUCGCCCAGAAGCUGUCAAUCAGACUGUCGAGUCGGUAUUCUUAUGGGCAAUUUGUGGAGAUAAACAGCCACAGCUUGUUCUCAAAGUGGUUCUCAGAGAGUGGUAAGCUGGUCACAAAGAUGUUUCAAAAAAUCCAACAGCUGAUUGACGACAAAGACGCCCUUGUGUUUGUUCUGAUAGAUGAGGUGGAGAGUCUGACAGCAGCUAGGAGUGCCUGCCAGGCGGGGACAGAGCCCUCUGAUGCCAUUAGAGUGGUCAACGCCGUUCUCACUCAGCUGGACCAGAUCAAACGACAUCCCAACGUGGUGAUUCUGACGACCUCGAAUGUGACGGACAAGAUAGACUUGGCGUUUGUGGACAGAGCUGACAUCAAGCAGUACAUCGGACCUCCAUCAGAGAAGGGCAUCUACAACAUCUACCUUUCCUGCCUGGAGGAGCUGAUGAAGUGCCAGAUCAUCUACCCCCGGCAGCAGCUGUUUACCAUGUUUGAGCUGGAGACGAUGCGCUUCGCCAAGAGUGAGGUGUCCGAGCACAGCCUGAACCUGAGGAGCAUUGCUCAAAAAAGCAAAGGUUUGAGUGGAAGAGCACUCAGGAAGUUACCAUUUCUAGCCCACGCGCUGUUCGUAAAGACACCAACAGCAACCCUUGAGAGUUUUAUGGAGGCUAUGCACCAAACAGUGGAGAAACAGAGGGAGGAAAAAGCUCAUCUGGUGAACGGUAUCUGAACUUUUACAAAGCCCAAAGGCUGACACACGGUGGUUCAUGAGCCCUCCUCAACAAAAUUACAAUGAACUCAAGGUUUUGGAAAUUACGACCUUUACAUAUUUUUUAACAAAUACUAUCUCUAACAUAAAUGUUUGUUCAGGUGAUUCUGUUGGUGCUGCUGCGAAGUUGGUUUUCAGUAUUUGCAGUUUGGGUUAAGAUGGAGUGCCAAAUGCUUUGUGUGUUUUCUGAUAUUUUUAUGUAUUUUUAUAUUUAGCUUAACAGUGCCACCAUUUUUUGUCGGUUCCUUUUGUUAAAGGGAUAGUUCACAUCUAUAAUUGGCAUACGUUACCUUUUGUAAAACACAUUAGCUCCUUUCAUGGAUUGUUUUGAAGAUAUCUCAUUGAGAUGUGGGAACUUUUUUUUUAAAUUCCCUUUUCUGGUGUUCAUUUAAAAGUUGCUAUCCCACUGAUCCAACUCCAUCCACAGAAUCUGUAGAAAAGGCUAAUGUUCAUGCAAGAUACCGACUCAUGUUGAGAAAUGUGAACUUUCCCUUAAACAUGUGUUUUAGAAAGGGAUGUUCCUCAUAGACCAUCACUUACAAAUGUUAAGUUAUGUUUGUCAGUUCUAUAUUCAUGUUAACAACAGUCCUCUUUAAACUCUCUGGAUUAAUGUGUUCAUUACGACUUUAUUUUGUAUAUAACUU